AUGGAUGAAAGUUACACCAUCCCGUUUACGACACCUGCUGCUGCACCCAGCAGCCGGCCAUUUGCAAGCAUAGACGAUCGACCAGGAGUCAAGAUCGACCACCAGGAGUUAAGAUCGACCACCAGGAGCCAAGAUCGACCACCAGGAGUUAAGAUCGACCAGGAGUCAAGAUCGACCACCAGAGUCAAGAUCGACCACCAGGGAGUCAAGAUCGACCACCAGGAGUCAAGAUCGACCACCAGGGAGUCAAGAUCACCACCAGUGAGUCAAGAUCGACCACCAGGAGUCAAGACGACCACCAGGAGUCAAGGAGUCAAGAUCAACCAGGCAGCUAAGAUCGACCAGAGUCAUGAUCAACCAGGAGUCAAGAUCAACCAGGACUUAAGAUCGACCAGGAGUCAAGAUCAACCAGGAGCAGAUCGACCAGGAGUAAAGAUCGACCAGGAGCCAAGAUCGACCAGGAGUCAAGAUCAACCAGGAGUCAAGAUCACCAGGAGUCAAGAUCGACCAGAGUCAAGAUCGACCAGGAGUCAAGAUCAACCAGGAGUAAAGAUCAACCAGGAGUCAAGAUCAACCAGAGUCAAGAUCAACCAGGGACAAGAUCAACCAGAGCCGAUCAACCAGGAGUCAAGAUCAACCAGGAGGUCAAGAUCAAUCAGGAGUAAAGAUCAACCAGGGAGUAAAGAUCGACCAGGGAGAGUCAAGAUCGACCAGGAGUCAAGAUCAACCAGGAGUCAAGUGAUCAACCAGGAGUCAAGAUCAACUAGGAGUCAAGAUCGACCAGAGUCAAGAUCAACCAGAGUCAAGAUCGACCAGGAGUUAAGAUCGACCAGGAGUCAAGAUCGACCAGGAGUCAUGAUCAAUCAGAGUCAAGAUCAACCAGGAGCCAAGAUCGACCAGGAGUCAAGAUCGACCAGAGUCAAGAUCGACCAGGGAGCUGAUCAACCAGGAGUAAAGAUCAACCAGAGUAAAGAUCAACCAGGAGUAAAGAUCGACCAGGAGAGUAAAGAUCGACCAGGAGUAAAGAUCGACCAGGAGUCAAGAUCAACCACCAGGGAGUUAAGAUCGACCAGGAGUCAAGAUCGACCACCAGGAGUCAAGAUCGACCACGGGAGUAAGACGACCACCAGGAAGAUCGACCAGGAGUCAAGAUCGACCACCAGAGUUAAGAUCGACCAGGUAGUCAAGACGACCACCAGGAGUCAAGAUCGACCACCAGGAGUCAAGAUCGACCACCAGGAGUCAAGAUCAACCAGGAGAAGAUCGACCAGGAGCAAGAUCAACCAGGGAGUAAAGAUCGACCAGGAGCCAAGAUCGACCGGGGAGUCAAGAUCGACCGGGGAGUCAAGAUCAACCAGGAGUCAAGAUCAACCAGGAGUUAAGAUCGACCAGGAGCCAAGAUCAACCAGAGUAAAGACGACCAGAGUCAAGAUCGACCCAGGAGUAAGAUCGACCAGGAGUCAAGAUCGACCAGGAGCCGAUCAAUCAGGAGUCAAGAUCAACCAGGAGUCCAAGAUCGACCAGGAGUCAAGACGACCAGGAGUCAAGAUCGACCAGGAGCCGAGCAAAGAUCGACCAGGAGUAAAGAUCAACCAGGGAGUAAAAGAUCGACCAGGAGUAAAGAUCGAAGGAGCAAGAUCAACCACCAGGAGUAAGAUCGACCAGGAGUCAGGAUCACCACCAGGGAGUCAAGAUCGACCACCAGGAGUUAAGACGACCACCAGAGAAGAUCGACCAGGAGUCGACCACCAGGAGAGUCAAGAUCAACCAGGAGUUAAGAUCGACCAGGAGUCAAGAUCACCAGGAGUAAAGAUCGACCAGGAGUCAAGAUGGGCAGAGUCAAGAUCGACCGGGGAGUCAAGAUCAACCGGAGUCAAGAUCAACCAGGAGUCAAGAUCAACCAGGAGUAAAGAUCAACCAGGAGUAAAGAUCAAGUCAAGAUCGACCGGAGUCAAGAUCAACCAGAGUGAUCAACCAGAGUCAAGAUCACUGGAGUCAAGAUCGACCAGAGUCAAGAUCAACCAGGUCAAGAUCGACCAGAGGAGUAAAAGAUCGACCAGGGUCAAGAUCAACCAGGAGUCAAGAUCACCAGAGUCAAGAUCAACCGGAGUCAAGAUCAACCAGGGAGUCAAGAUCGACCAGGAGUCAAGAUCGACCGAGUCAAGAUCGACCAGAAUCAAGAUCAACCAGGGUAAAGAUCGCCAAGGAUCAAGAUCAACCAGAAUGAAAGAUCGACCAAGUCAAGAUCGACCAGAGUCAAGAUCGACCAGAAGUCAAGAUCGACCCAGAGUCAUGAUCAGCCAGAAUCGCCAGAGUAGCAGUCAGCCCAGAGUCAAGAUCGGCCAGGUCAAGAUCAACCAGAGUCAAGAUCGACCAGAGUGGCAGCCAAGAUCGAAAGUCAAGAUCGACCAGAGUCAAGAUCCACCGGGAGUCAAGAUCAGCCAGGGAGUAAAGAUCGACCAGGAGUCAAGAUCGACCAAGUCAAGAUCGACCAGGGAGUCAAGAUCGACCAGGGAGUCAAGAUCGACCAGAGUCAGAUCAACCGGGAGUAAAGAUCGACCAAGGUCAAGAUCGACCAAGAAGUCAAGAUCGACCCAAGUCAAGAUCGAAGAGUCAAGAUCAACCCAGAAGUCAGAUCGGCCAGAAGUCAAGAUCGACCAGGUCAAGAUCGACCCAGAGUCAAGAUCGACCAGGAGUCAAGAUCGACCAGAGUCAAGAUCAACCAGGGGUAAAGAUCGACCAGGAGUCAAGAUCGACCAGGAGUCAAGAUCGACCAGAGAGUCAAGAUCACCAGGAGCAAAGAUCGACCAGAGUCAAGAUCAACCAGUCAAGAUCAACCAGAGUCAGAUCGACCAGAGUCAAGAUCAGCGGAGUCAAGAUCGGCAAGUCAAGAUCAACCAGGGGAGUAAAGAUCGACCAGGAGUCAGAUCCAGCAGGAGUCAAGAUCAACCAGGAGUCAAGAUCGACCAGGGGUACAAGAUCAACCAGGGAGUAAGAAUCGACCAAGUCAAGAUCGACCACAGAGGUCAAGAUCGACCAGAGUCAAGAUCGACCAGAGAGAAGAUCAGACCAGAGUCAAGAUCGACCUGGGGUCAAGAUCGACCAGGGUCAAGAUCAACCAGGGAGUAA